AUGAAGCUUCACUUAAUUUUGAUCGGUUUAUUUUUAGGAUUGUGUUUUGGUUUGAGUACGAAAAGAAUUCGACCCACGCAAGGAAAUGUUUUUGAGUGGCUUGGAUCGAUACUUUUACCUCCAGUAACAACAACAACUAGAAUGCCUAUAACUAUAGGUACAACUUCAACUACAACCAGAAGAACAACAACAACCACAACAACAACAACCACUACAACUUUAAGACCUCCAGAGGCAAACUUUCCAAUUGAAAGAGAUUGCGUUUCUUGUCGCUGUGGAUUAAUGAAUACGGUAUAUAAAAUUGUAGGAGGUCAGGAGACCAGAGUUCAUCAAUACCCUUGGAUAGCAGUGAUUUUGAUCUUUGAUCGUUUCUAUUGCUCGGGAUCACUGAUCAAUGAUCUAUAUGUUUUAACAGCAGCUCAUUGUGUGGAAGGAGUUCCCCCUGAAUUAAUUUCUGUAAGGUUUCUCGAACACAAUCGUAGUCAUACGGAUGAGGAUAUUCUAGUUCAAAGAUAUGUCUCCAGGGUAAAAGUUCAUGAGCUGUAUAAUCCACGUAGUUUUGACAAUGAUAUAGCAAUUCUACGACUCAAUCAACCAGUAGAUAUGGAAAGUCACCGUUUAAGACCGAUUUGUUUGCCGAUACAAUCAUAUAGUUUUGAUCACGAAUUGGCUAUAGUCGCCGGUUGGGGAGCUCGAAAAGAAGGAGGAUUUGCCAGCGAUACUUUGAGGGAAGUGGAGGUAGUGGUUUUGCCCCAAUCUGUUUGCCGGAAUUCCACAUCCUAUAAGCCAGGACAAAUUACGGAUAAUAUGAUGUGCGCAGGAUAUAUUUUGGAGGGUGGCAAGGACGCUUGUGGUGGCGAUAGUGGUGGUCCACUCCAAACGACCUUCGAUGAGCAGCCGGGUCAAUAUCAGCUGGCUGGAAUUGUUUCCUGGGGAGUCGGAUGUGCCAGACCUCAAUCCCCGGGAGUUUAUACAAGGGUCAAUCAAUAUCUGCGCUGGCUGGGAUCUAAUACUCCAGGUGCCUGUCAUUGCAUGCCUUAUCCAGAAGAGGAUUACUAA